UUGUACAUUGCAUUCCCACAUGUCUCUCCACCUUGUACGAGCAGGCGCCUUUGAUUCUCUCUUUCCUCUGUCAAUCUAAUACAGACACAGACACACAACAACAUGGAGCUUCAUUUCUGUUGCGGAUACAGUCGCAAGUGAAUCACAUGAUUCUCAAGUUAAGUGAAUUUAAGGCCUCUAAGUUUGUUGCCUGACAGAAAUAACUCAAAUUUGCCUAUGAAGUAUGAAGGCAUCCAAGUCAUGGCGGUCAUUGUUGAAGAAAAUACAUUUUUCUUAUGAGGGAGUAGUAUUUGGAUCAAAGAUGAAGCAGCUGCCGUUUAUGGGAGUUGUCUGUACUGUAAUGUUAUUCAUUGUAUAUAGGACCACAAAUUACCAGUAUCAACAGACAGAGAUGGAAUCAAAAUUGCAUCCCUUCUACACAUUAAAGCAUGGAGGCAUGGCUGCCUCAAGCUUAAAUAAUUUACCCCGUGGAAUCAUCGAACCAAGGUCAGACCUGGAGUUAAAGCCUUUAUGGACUACUAGCAGUUCUAAGUCAGAGGUUAAAGUUGGAAGUUCUCAUAAUUUGUUAGCGAUGCCAGUGGGGAUUAAGCAAAAGGAGAAUGUUAAUACUAUAGUUCAAAAGUUUCUUUCAGAGAAUUUUACAGUUAUUUUGUUCCAUUACGACGGCAAUGUAAAUGGAUGGUGGGACCUGGAAUGGAGCAAGAAAGCUGUACACAUUGUUGCACACAAUCAAACAAAGUGGUGGUUCGCAAAACGCUUUUUACAUCCAGCGAUUGUGUCUGUCUAUGAUUAUAUAUUUCUGUGGGAUGAAGAUUUGGGUGUGGAUAAUUUCCAUCCUGGACGGUACCUGGGAAUUGUAAGAUCGCAAGGACUGGAGAUAUCUCAGCCAGCUUUGGACCCAAAUUCGACUGGUAUACAUCACAGGAUUACAAUAAGAAAUAGAAUGCAUAAAUUCCACAGAAGAGUCUAUGAUGUCAGAGGAAGUGUCAAAUGUUCAGACGAUAGUGAAGGGCCUCCUUGCGCUGGAUUUGUGGAAGGAAUGGCUCCUGUAUUUUCAAGAUCUGCAUGGGAUUGUGCCUGGCAUUUGAUACAGAACGAUCUUGUUCAUGGAUGGGGAAUGGACAUGAAACUCGGCUACUGUGCUCAGGGUGACCGCAGAGAGAAGGUGGGAGUAGUUGAUAGUGAAUAUAUAGUUCAUCAGAGUAUACAAACUCUCGGUGGGGCAUCUGCAAAAAAGGGUUCAAGUCCACAAAAAUAUGUGAAGAGGCAUGGCAUUGAUGUACGAAUGGAGAUCCGGAGGCAAUCAACAUCCGAACUUCAAAUAUUCAAAGAGCGGUGGGAACGAGCUAUAAAAGAGGACAAGAACUGGGUAGAUCCUUUUCCAGCAAGCCGAAGGCGCAGGCAAAGGCGCAGCCGCAGCCGCAGGGGCAACUUGAAGGUUUAACUUGAUGGUAGAUGACAUCCAGUUUGAAUAGUACUGGCAAUUGAUUUUCUUCCAGUUUUUGUAUUCAGUCCUACGAAAAUUUAGAGGUUGUUUGACAAAGCUCUCGAUAAAAGUUUUAAUAGAUUUUGAUAUGAGAUUCGUGGUAAAAAAAUGAUAAAAGCUGUGAAUCUUUUGAAAUGGAUGGUUAAAAUAAUUGAAUUUGAACCAGUUCAUAAAAUUUUAGCGAA